AAACAGUUCUUGGUUGGUGGGAGACCUCUCUGAGGAGCUGGGAGCUGUUGGACCUUUUUCACUGCUGACUGGCCAAGGUAGUGGGCAGUGAAGAUGGGUGACUGGAGUGCUCUCGGAAGGCUCCUUGACAAAGUCCAAGCCUAUUCCACUGCAGGAGGGAAGGUGUGGUUGUCUGUCCUUUUCAUUUUCCGUAUCUUGCUAUUGGGAACAGCUGUGGAGUCUGCCUGGGGUGAUGAGCAGUCGGCAUUCCGGUGCAACACCCAACAGCCCGGUUGUGAAAAUGUCUGCUAUGACAAGUCCUUUCCAAUCUCUCAUGUGCGCUUCUGGGUUCUUCAGUUCAUUUUUGUGUCAGUGCCCACACUCAUGUACUUGGCACAUGUCUUCUAUGUGAUGCGAAAAGAAGAGAAGCUGAACCGAAAAGAAGAAGAGCUCAAGGUGGUCCAAAGUGAAGGUGUUAAUGUAGAUAUCCACCUCAAACAAAUAGAAAUAAAGAAGUUCAAGUAUGGGAUUGAAGAGCAUGGCAAAGUCAAAAUGCGUGGGGGUCUGCUCCGCACUUACAUUAUCAGUAUUAUCUUCAAAUCCUUUUUUGAGGUGGCUUUUGUGCUCAUCCAAUGGUACAUCUAUGGGUUCACCCUGCAAGCCAUUUAUGAAUGUGAACGAGUGCCAUGCCCACACAAGGUGGAUUGCUUCCUCUCUCGCCCCACAGAGAAAACCAUUUUCAUUAUCUUCAUGCUAGUGGUAUCUAUUGUCUCCCUCACCCUGAAUAUCAUUGAACUUUUUUAUGUCACUCUCAAGAGCAUUAAGGAUCGCAUGAAGACAAAAAAUGACCCGUUCUCUCCCAACAGUGGCUUGAGCCCCUCCAAGGAGUGUGGCUCCCCUAAAUAUGCCUACUUCAAUGGUUGCUCCUCUCCAACUGCCCCAUUGUCACCCAUGUCUCCACCUGGGUACAAACUCGUCACUGGAGACAGGAACAAUUCCUCCUCCUGUCGUAACUACAAUAAGCAAGCUAGUGAACAAAACUGGGCAAAUUACAGUGCUGAGCAGAACAGGAUUGGGCAGGCUGGGAGCACCAUCUCCAACUCACAUGCUCAGAACUUUGAAUUUGCUGAGGAGCCUGAGAACACCAAAAAAAUGGACUCUGGGCACGAGCUACAACCUCUCACAGUUGUGGGCCAAAGGCCUCCAAGCAGAGCCAGCAGUCGAGCGAGUAGCAGACCUCGACCUGAUGACCUGGAGAUCUAACCUUCCACAGCUGAAGGAGGGUUACUUAACACAACUAUGCUAUGAAAUUAGAAUAUGCAAACAUGCUGUUCAUGCGGUUCUGUUGGAGAUGGUACUUUAACAAUCUCAACCUCGAGAUUUUAACAAACAUUUUUAAAAAGAAAACUUGGAUUUUUUUAAAGUGGGAAGUUGGGGUGGUGUGGGGAAGUGCAGCACAUCUUGGUAUUUAAAGUAGUUGAUUUAAAAAAUGUUUAAUGCUCUUUUUUAAAAAAACGUAGUCAGUACUAAAGUAGUGGGUUGUUUUUCUGAUUUCUUUUAGAAAGAUUAUAAAAUGUCUGGAUAUGUGUGUCUGUAAUAUGCAGAUUCCUCCUCCCCCCUGAGUUCUGUUUUUGUUUUACUAAAACAAAUGUUAAACUGAGAUAAUGGAGGGGGGGUGUCAGAAUGAAAUGAAGAUGAUAUUCGUUUAUUGAGCAACUGACAUAUUGAAAGAUGGAUUUUUGAUCAUUUUCUGAAAAAGAACAUUCCAUUCUUAACAUGUGCACUUUGAAGGAAAUUUUCCUAGUAUGAACUUUUCAGUUUCUAUACACUCCUGCAAUUAUAGUAGGUUUCCUUGGAAUUACACAACUCCAUUUCAGAUAAGUCCCACCCAAUAUGCUUUGACCAUUUGUCUUUUUUGCUUCAGAAGCAUCAACAUACUUGAGCGUGCAGGUUGGAGGAGCUGUUCUAUGCUAGCAUUGGUCAUUCCAUUACCAUCACCAGAGCCAACACUCCUACUUGGUAAAGUCAACCAUUGUGGUUGAAAUUACAAUCACUGCCUCAGGAUGCAAGUGCUUGGGGGAGGUAUUAGUUCUCAAAAUAUUCCCUUUGUUGAAGGACAGAGGAAAUACCCUGCACCUCCUAAACUACUUGCUACUUUCAAGUGUGGUGAAAGAUGUUGUCCUGUCAUCACUGUUGAAGUAAAACCAGUUACUGGGUCAAUAGUUGGAAUGGGGAUGUAAGCCAUCAUUUUCCUCUUUGUUUUUGGCAGAGAAAUAUCUUGGGUCAGGACUAAUCACCACUGACAGAUCGUACUGUUCGUAUAUACACUUCUCUGUGAAGCUGGACAAGGAUUCUAUGGUGGUUUUGUACUAUCAUCCACUGAUGAUACCUAAGCCCAACUGAAAUCAGUGGGUUUUCAACUAUUAUCACUGGAACUGGAACCACUAUAUUUCGAACCAAAAUUCUGAAAAGCACUGGGAAUGUUUCCACUAAUUUCACUGACAUAUGUAGUACAUUGAUAGAUGUACUGAAGUAAUCUACGUAGCCUAGCCCUCAUACCAAUAUCCUGUGGAUAGGAACCAUCUCAGUUAUUUCAAUAUGCACAAGUCCAUUUUACAACCACACAGGCAUUAAUGUGAAUAGAUAGCUCCUGUGUAAUCGGGAGCUUUGGGUAUACAUUACAUUCAUAUCACUUGGUUGAGGCACCUAUGUUUAUUUGUAUGUUAUUUUUCAAGGCAGAUGUACAUGGAGUUGCAAAGGCAUUCAUAGAUACUCAGACUAAUGUGCACACAAAAUGCUUAAGCAUUUUGGGAUAUUAUGGGUCACUAUGAUGUUUACAUUAAUGGUUACAAAAAAUUAAAUGAGUGCAAACAAAACUGAUAUGAACAAUUUCAAUCUUAUUUUCCUAUCUCCUGUAGCAGAUGUUUUACGAAUUUUAUAAAAUAUGAAUACCAUCAUAUGAAUCAAGUCCUGGCAACCCUUGAAACAAACUUAUUUCGCUUUCAAGGAGACAUUCUGUCUGAAUAAGAAUUAUGACUAAGACACCAAAUGUUGCAGGCUUCUAUAAUUAUGAUUUUUUAUUUUUUUUUAUUUUUUUAAAAGAAGGAAUGAAACUUCUAGUUCACCUCGUCCAUUUCUCUGACUUGUUGUAAUUUAUGCUUGAAUAACACAGAUGGUAGUACAGGAAGUGGCGGGGGAGGAAGAGGGGAAUAUUACCCUGCCAAUAAUGUGAGAUUUGGGAACAAUUUAUGCAUCCAUGUGCUCCCUGUGUAGCUUGGAAAUAUGAAAUGGACAUCACAGAUCACAUCAAGGACAGAGUUAAGAUGUGAAAAGAGACAAUGAAUUCAACCCCCAUGGAUUGUGAAUGGACCCUUACACAAACUGCUUUGAGCUGUACUAAUAAUAUAUGCCUACAUUGUCUUUAGAUUAAUUAAGAAUGAUGUUAUUUGUUGUUCACUUACAAAUUAGCUCAACUCAAACAUUAUUCAAUUCAUUUCCAAUGAUUCGUUCCUUCUCAGUGAGAGUUUUGAUACUUGUACAGAAUUUUUUGUCGAGGUGCAAGGGAGGCUGAAAGAGUACAAUUCUAAUUUAUUUGAAAUAUAUGUUAUGGAAAGAUACUAGUUUUUAUUUUCUUUGUCAACCACAGUGCCUUUAGUUCAGCACAGUUCAACUGGGAAUGUAGCCUUGGUUUCCUUUUGCAGCAACACAGGUUUAUGGGUUUAUAUAACAUGUUUUACUAAGUUGUUUGACAUUCUUUAUUAAAAAUCUUUGCCAAACUCAUUGACUGCAUGAAUGCCACAAGAGUCCAUCAAAUCACAUUGUCUGGAGAACAAAUCUUAGUCAAUAAAGUUUUAAUUUAGUAUAAA